ACUAGCAAGGAGCAACUGCGGUGCGGGUAUAGCUUUAUUUCUUUCUAGAGAGAGCGAGAGCGAUGGAGAAGCAGCUGAGCAGGAGGAGCGGAAUUGCGCCGCCAGCCCUGGCGGUGGCCGUGGCCGUGUUGCUGAUGGUUCCGGCGGUCUCGUCCGUACGGUACAUCGUCGGAGCGAACAUGGGAUGGACAAGCAAUGUUAACUACACAAUUUGGGCCCGGGGCAAGCAAUUCUACAAUGGUGACUGGCUCUUUUUUGUAUACGACAGGAACCAAAUGAACGUGUUGGAGGUCAACCAAACAGACUACGAGGCCUGCAAUUCGGAUCAUCCCCUCCACAACUGGACCACCGGAGCUGGAAGGGACGUGGUGCCGCUCAAUCAGACACGAAAUUACUAUUUCAUUAGCGGCAAAGGUUUCUGCUUUGGCGGGAUGAAGGUUGCCAUCCAUGUGGAAAACCCGCCGCCCCCUCCUGCAGCUUCCCCAAUCAAGGAUGGCGCCUCAGCAUACAAUCUCAGGGGCCAGAUUGUGAUACCAACUGUAUUCGCCAUUGCUGCCGUGUGGGACUCGUUUCUCCGGCUGUGGUAGGGACAUGGGACUCCAUAUUUAUUACGAUUUGUGUGUCUCCAUAUUUAUUAUUAUCAUUUACUUUCUUCAUUUUUCUGGGGUUCUUGAUUGAGUUUUGUUGAUGAUUUUGUGGAGGAAGUUUGAACUUAAAUUUAUAUUGUGGUCUCUUCUCUUCU